CUGAUUAGAUUCUGUGUCUGCGGGCUGAAUUUAUUCCGUGUUUCCAGCAGGAAUUCAAGAGGGAUGCUUCUGUUUGGGUUUCUGAUCGUGAUUUAUAUUUAUUCAGAGGAAUAACAGAGGGUGGAUCUGUUCCCGGUGCGAGCAUGCUCACCACCAGCCGACUCUCCCAUUAUCCCCCUGCUUAGUUUGGUGCUCCAGUGUACACGAGUAUUUCGUGUGCAUAUGUGUGUAUACAAACACGCAUGCACGCCUGGACGGACAGACGUAAGCACAGUUUAUUUCUUAAGGACAAUUCCUUCAAUAAGGUCUCUACCCCUUACUUGAAACAGGUGUUUAUGAAAAAAAAAUGCACAAUAUCCCGACUGACCGGAAAAAUUGAUGAAGAAGGGUGCUGGAUCCGUGGGUCAGAGAACACACAGGACCAGCUUGCCACCCCAAGGCAGAAGGCCUCCUUCUGACACAGCCUGGAAGCCCUUCAGAAGCCCUGGCCUAGCUUGACGACAACACCGCAGUGAGCUCCGGAUAGGAUCAAAGGCACAAACCAAGUCGCCUUGAAGUAGCUCAUGGAAGACUCCCCCCAGUCACUGGCCAGGCCCAUUGUCCCUUCCUCAGGGAGGAGCGGUGAGUAAGCGGAGGCAUCACAGCGGGAGUGGACAUGAAUGCUGGCUUCCAGAGAGAGCAGCGGUUCAGUUUUGGUCAUCGGAAGUGGUACCUGCAGCGCAGAAGAUCGUGAUUUCUCCUCCGAGGCUGUUCAUCUCCAGUCCAGAACUCAAGAGGAGAAGAGGCCAGAGCAGAACUGCAUCCAGUGUGGCAUCUCUCCAGCCAGGACUGGAGAUGACAGGACACAUGUCUCCAACCUUCAGCUGUUCACAUAGCACACAGGGGACUUGUGGGGGCCACUUGUCACUGCCAAUCAAACCCACUCAAUGGCAAUACUGACAUCCUUCAUGCCGUUUUCAAGACAGACACUCAGGCAGAAAAUGCCAGUGCGCUUCCUGUCUGCAGAGUAGGGGGUCAUGCCACACCAGUAUGAACAGUGUGGACCCCGGGACCUGCUGAGUCCACUCGCAGCCACUGACACUUGGAGAAAUAAAAAGCCCAGCCCCCCAAAUCCAUCGUGGGGUUGACUUCCACAGCUCUUGACCAAUGUGGCCAAAGCUAGACACCUCGGGACACUUGGAUUAUUCAUAAAUGUGACCCACCGCAAACUCUCUGAGUAGUAUCUGAAGUCUGGAAAGGUCAUGGAUCCUGAACAAAGCGUCAAGGGCACCAAGAAGGCUGACGGAAGUCCCCGGAAGCGGCUGACCAAAGGAGAGGCUAUUCAGACGAGUGUUCCUUCCAGCGCCCCGUAUCCAGGCAGUGGCACCGCUGCUCCCUCAGAGAGUGCCACCCAGGAGCUCCUAUCCCCCCAGCCUUUCUCGGGCCCCGCGGUGGUUCUUAGAGAAGGCUCUCAGGAGAAGAAGCCUCCCCGGAGGCCCUCCACUGAGGCCUCGGUCCACAUCUCACAGCUUCCACAGCACCCUCUGACACCAGCAUUCAUGUCCCCGGGCAAACCAGAGCAUCUCCUAGAGGGGUCCACGUGGCAGCUGGUUGACCCCAUGAGACCUGGACCCUCAGGCUCCUUUGUGGCCCCUGGGCUGCAUCCACAGGGUCAGCUCCUCCCAUCCCAUGCUUCCAUUCUUCCUCCCGAGGACCUGCCUGGCAUCCCUCAGGUCUUUGUGCCCCGUCCCUCCCAGGUCUCCCUGAAGCCCACAGAAGAGGCACACAAGAAAGAGAGGAAACCACAGAAGCCAGGGAAGUAUAUCUGCCAGUACUGCAGCCGGCCCUGUGCCAAGCCCAGUGUGCUCCAGAAGCACAUUCGCUCACACACAGGUGAGAGACCCUAUCCCUGCGGCCCCUGUGGCUUCUCCUUCAAAACCAAGAGUAACCUCUAUAAGCACAGGAAGUCCCAUGCCCACCGCAUCAAAGCCGGACUGGCUUCCGGCUCCAGCAGUGAGAUGUACCCCCCUGGGCUGGAGAUGGAGAGGAUCCCUGGGGAAGAGUUUGAGGAGCCCACCGAAGGAGAAAGCACAGACUCCGAGGAGGAAACUGGUACCACGUCAGGUCCCCCCACAGAGGUUCUCCCCAAACCUAAGCAUCCCCUGCUCUCAAGUGGCUUAUACAGCUCUGGGAGCCAGAGUUCCAGCCAGGAACGCUGCUCCCUGUCCCAGUCAAGCUCUGCACCAUCGUUGGAAGACCCCACCCCAUUUGCAGAAACCUCAUCAGAGCAUCCCCUGACCCAUAAACCGGAAGACACACACACGAUCAAGCAGAAGCUGGCACUCCGCCUGAGCGAGAGGAAGAAGCUGAUCGAGGAGCAGACGUUCCUGAGUCCAGGGAGCAAAGGCAGCACAGAGUCGGGGUAUUUCUCACGCUCAGAGAGCGCUGAGCAGCAGGUCAGCCCCCCCAACACCAAUGCCAAAUCCUAUGCGGAGAUCAUCUUCGGCAAGUGUGGGCGGAUUGGACAGCGGACCUCCAUGCUGGCAUCCUCCUCCACCCAGCCCCUCCUGCCCCUGUCUGCUGAAGACAAGCCCAGCUUGGUGCCUUUGUCUGUACCCCGGACACAGGUGAUUGAACACAUCACCAAGCUCAUCACCAUCAAUGAGGCCGUAGUGGACACCAGCGAGAUUGACAGUGUGAAGCCCAGGAGAAGUUCUCUGACCAGGCGCAGCAGCGUGGAGUCUCCGAAAUCCAGCCUCUACCGGGAGUCACUAUCGUCCCAUGGGGAAAAGACGAAGCUGGAACAAUCGCUGCUGAGCCUCCAGCACCCGCCCAGCUCCACGCACCCCGUGCCUCUCCUGAGAAGCCACUCAAUGCCUUCUGCCGCCUGCACCAUCAGCACCCCCCACCACACCUUCCGUGGGAGCUACUCCUUCGAUGACCACAUUGCUGACCCCGAAGCCCCCACUCGCAGCAGUCCCAUGUUUACCUCCCACCCACGGAUGCUGAAACGCCAGCCAGCCAUUGAACUACCUUUGGGAAGUGAGUACAGUGCCGAGGAGCCUGGACCCAGCAGCAAAGACCCCACCUCCAAGCCCUCUGAUGAACCAGAAUCCAAGGAAAGCGACCUUACCAAAAAGACCAAGAAAGGGUUGAAAACGAAAGGCGUGAGCUAUGAAUGUACCAUCUGUGGUGCUCGGUACAAAAAGAGAGAGAAUUACGAAGCCCAUAAGAAGUACUACUGCUCUGAGCUCCAGAUCACAAAAGCCCACUCUGUAGGUGCUCACGAGGUUGAGAAGACUCAGGCUGAGCCUGAGCCUUGGUCCCAGAUGAUGCAUUACAAACUGGGGGCCACCCUGGAACUCACUCCACUGAGAAAAAGACGGAAGGAGAAGAGCCUUGGGGAUGAGGAAGAGCCACCUGCCUUUGGCAGCCCUGGCCCAUCAGACCCAGCUCGUCACCCUCCCCUGGAGUCCACCAAGUCACCAGCAGAACCAAGCAAAUCAGUUCCCUCGUUAGAGGGACCCACGAGCUUCCAGCCAAGGACUCCCAAGCCAGGGACUGGAUCAGAACCAGGGAAGGAGAGGAGAACAAUGUCCAAAGAAAUUUCUGUCAUCCAGCACACCAGCUCCUUUGAGAAAUCUGACCCACUGGAGCAGCCAAGCAGCCUGGAAGAAGACAAGCCCCUUGCCCAGUUCUCAUCCCCGCCACCUGCCCCACAUGCCCCACAUGGACGCUCGGCUCACUCCCUGCAGCCGAGGUUGGUCCGCCAGCCCAACAUUCAAGUUCCAGAGAUCCUGGUAACAGAAGAGCCUGACAGGCCAGACACAGAGCCUGAGCCACCCCCAAAAGAGUCCGAGAAGACAGAGGAAUUCCAGUGGCCCCAGCGUAGCCAGACGCUGGCACAGCUCCCAGCAGAGAAGCUGCCACCCAAGAAAAAGAGACUCCGCUUAGCCGAGAUGGCACAGUCCUCAGGGGAGUCCAGCUUCGAAUCUUCUGUGCCCCUGUCUCGAAGCCCAAGCCAGGAGAGCAGCAUCUCUCUGAGUGGCUCUAGCCGCUCGGCUUCAUUUGAUAGAGAGGAUCACGGAAAAGCUGAAACCCCUGGGCCCUCAUUAGACACACGUUCCAAACCCUUGGGCACCCACAUGCUGACUGUCCCCAGCCACCACCCGCAUGCCCGAGAGAUGCGAAGGUCGGCCUCAGAGCAGAGCCCCAACGUGCCCCAUUCCUCACACAUGACUGAGACCCGAAGCAAAUCCUUUGACUAUGGCAGCUUGUCCCCGACAGGACCAUCUGUAGCGGUGCCUGCAGCUCCGCCACCCCAAACCGCCCCGCCAGAAAGAAGAAAAUGCUUCCUGGUGAGACAGGCCUCCCUCAACAGACCUCUGGAAGCAGAGCUGGAGGUUACCCCCAAGGGCAAACAAGAGAGCAGUGAGGAGCCCUCAGCCAGCAAGCCUUCCACCAAAAGCUCCAUGCCCCAGAUCUCCAUGGCUACCACACAAGGUGGGCCCUCAGGAGGCAAGAGCCAAAUGCAAGAGAGGCCCCCACUGGGGUCAAACCCACCCUACACAGAAGCCCUGCAAGUGUUCCGACCUCCUGGCACCCAGUUGCCCCCACCAGUCUCCCUCUUCUCCUUUCAGCACCUCUUGCCUCAGGAGCAAGAGCAGUCCUCUGAGUUCUUCCCCACUCAAGCAAUGGCUGGCCUCCUCUCCUCUCCAUACUCCAUGCCCCCACUCCCACCUUCCUUGUUCCAAGCCCCACCACUUCCUCUGCAGCCUACCGUGCUACACCCCAGCCAGCUCCAUCUCCCCCAGCUCCUGCCUCACCCUGCAGAUAUCCCGUUCCGGCAGCCCCCUUCCUUCCUCCCCAUGCCAUGCCCUGCCUCCUCAACCCUCUCUGGGUAUUUUCUGCCUCUGCAAUCCCAGUUUGCAUUGCAGCUUCCCAGUGAAAUAGAAAGCCACUUGCCCCCAAUCAAAACCAGCUUGGCCCCUCUAGCAACCGGACCUUCUGGCCCCUCCAGCGGCACAGAAUACAGCAGUUCCAUCCAGCUGCCCCCUGUGACUCCUCCAGCUACCUCCCCAGCUCCCACAUCAGCCCCAACAUUGGCCCUGCCUGCCUGUCCAGAUGCUAUGGUGUCACUGGUUGUUCCCGUCCGCAUCCAGACCCACAUGCCAUCCUAUGGGAGUGCCAUGUACACCACCUUGUCUCAGAUCUUGGUCACCCAGUCUCAAGGAAGCUCAGCAAGUAUGGCUCUUACCAAGUAUGAGGAGCCACCUUCCAAAGGGAUGACUGUGUGUGGAACUGAUGUCUACGAAGCUGGGCCUGGGCCAUCUAGCACGAGCAAGGAGCAAAGCAGAGGCUUCCAGACACCCUAUCUGAGAGUGCCUGGAAGGAAAGGCACCUCAGUGUCCUCCGAGGGCAUUCUGAGCCUGGAGGGGUGCUCAUCCACAGCCGGGGGAAGCAAGCGUGUCCUCUCUCCAGCUGGCAGUCUUGAACUUACCAUGGAAACCCAGCAGCAGAAAAGGGUAAAGGAGGAGGAGGCUUCCAAGGCAGAUGAAAAACUGGAGCUGGUGAGCACGUGCAGUGUGGUGCUGACCGGUUCAGAGGACAGGCAGAGGACAGAGAAGCCCUAUGUGGGCAGCCAAGGCCAGAACAGGAGGGAGGCAGAAACACUGUCCAGUUUGCCUUCAGAUCCAUCUGACCCAAAAGAGCUUUCUCCCCUCUCUCAUCCCACAUUGCCCCAUGGGGCAGCCCCAGGCUCAGAAGCUUUGAAGGAAUAUGCUCAACCAUCUAGCAAAGCUCACCGGAGAGGAGUGCCUCCACUGAGUAUAAAGAAAGAAGAUCCAAAGGAACAGCCUGACCUCCCUCCCCUGGCACCCCCUUGCUCUCUGCCUCUGUCAGAUACUUCCCUGAAACCAGCCAAAUUGCAAGAAGGUACAGACUCAAAGAAGGUACUGCAGUUCCCCAGCCUCCACACGACCACUAAUGUCAGUUGGUGCUAUUUAAACUACAUUAAGCCAAAUCACAUCCAGCAUGCAGAUAGGAGGUCCUCUGUUUACGCUGGUUGGUGCAUAAGUUUGUACAACCCCAACCUUCCAGGGGUUCCCACUAAAGCUGCUUUGUCCCUUCUGAGAUCUAAGCAGAAAGUGAGCAAAGAGACAUACACCAUGGCCACAGCUCCACAUCCUGAGGCAGGAAGGCUGGUGCCAUCCAGUUCCCGAAAGCCCCGUAUGACAGAGGUGCAGCUCCCGUCACUGCUUUCCCCGGAGAGCCAGAAAGACCCAGCUAGAGUGGAGAAGGAAGAGAAGCAAGGGAAGGCAGAGGAGGGUGCUCCUGCUUCCAAGAGAGGAGAGCCGGCGAGGGUCAAGAUCUUCGAAGGAGGGUACAAAUCAAAUGAAGAGUAUAUAUAUGUACGAGGCCGCGGCCGAGGGAGAUAUGUUUGUGAGGAAUGUGGAAUUCGCUGCAAGAAGCCCAGCAUGCUGAAGAAACACAUCCGCACCCACACUGACGUCCGACCUUAUGUGUGCAAGCACUGUCACUUUGCUUUUAAAACCAAAGGGAAUCUGACUAAGCACAUGAAGUCGAAAGCCCACAGCAAAAAGUGCCAAGAGACGGGGGUGCUGGAGGAGCUGGAAGCCGAAGAAGGAACCAGUGAUGACCUCUUCCAGGACUCCGAGGGGCAGGAGGGCUCCGAGGCUGUGGAGGAACACCAGUUUUCAGACCUGGAGGAUUCGGACUCCGACUCAGACCUGGAUGAAGAGGAGGAAGAGGAGGAGGACGAGAGCCAGGAUGAGCUGUCCAGGCCCUCCUCAGAGGCAGCUCCGCCCUGCCUGCCAACCACACUACAGGAGGACUCCUCACCCCUUCAGGGCCCUCAGCCUCCAGUUACCACUUCUGACGAGGUCCAGCAAGGCAGCUCCAUCUCAGAAGCGACACACUUGACAGCCAGCAGUUGUUCCACACCUAGCCGGGGUACCCCAGACCUCCUCCGGCUGGGACCGGCCCCAGUGGAGACCGACAUGAGCUCAGCUCUGAGUUCCAAGGCUAUGUCCCCUAGGAGGCCGUGGUCCCCAAGCAAAGAAGCAGGCAGCCGCCCCUCACUUACUCGCAAACAUUCACUCAGCAAAAAUGACUCAUCUCCCCAGCGAUGGUCACCGACUCAAGAAGCGCAGGCCUCGGUCACGAGCACACCUGGCCCCCAGGUGGGCCCAGGAAGGAGCAUGGGCCCUCGUCUUUGUGGGUCCCCAAGACUGGAGCUGUCUCCUCUCACUCACUACCCCAUAGGAAGAGAAGUGCCCCCUUGGGCACCUCUGUCCCCUGGACCCAAGAGUGCCAUAGACACAGGCGCCCCCAGAUAUUCACCCACCAGGAAAUGGUCUCUGGGUCAGGCUGAGUCAUCACCACAGACAGGGCUGCCAGGGAAGUGGGCCCUGGCUGGGCCCUGCAGCCCCUCAGUGGGCAAGUGUAGCCUGGGCUUGGGGCCAGCUCCACAGGCUCUCCUCCAGCCCGUGCCUCUACCUCACACACUUCUCAGCAGAAGCCCUGAAAUGUGCACCUCUGUAUGGCAGAAGACUGAGUCUCGAAGUCCAUCCUGCUCAGCUGGCCCUGUUCCUCUCUUCCCCCGACCAUUCUCUGCCCCUCAUGACUUCCACGGCCACCUCCCUAGCCGAAGUGAGGAGAACCUCUUCAGUCACCUGCCUCUGCACUCCCAGCACCUGAGCCGCGUCCCCUGUCCCCUCAUUCCGAUUGGUGGAAUCCAGAUGGUACAAGCCCGGCCAGGAGCCCACCCCACCCUGCUACCAGCGGCCUGUGCGGCCUGGGUCACCAGUGGCUUCUCAGGAGGUGGCAGUGACCUAACGGGGGCCCGAGAAGCCCAGGAGCGCAGCCGGUGGAGUCCCACAGAGAGCGCUUCAGCAUCGGUGUCCCCUGUGGCCAAGGUCUCCAAGUUUACACUCUCUUCAGAGCUGGAGGAGGAAAGGACCAGCAGAGGCCCAGGAAGACCUCCUGACUGGGCACCUCAGAGGGCUGAAGCCCCUGCAGAACCCAUGGGCACGCACAGCCCCUGCUCCCCACAGCUGCCCCGGGGCCACCAGGGAACGUCAUCCUGGGGUGCUCCCUUGGAGUCGCCACACACACUGGCCAACCGCAAGGCCUCCAGCUUCCCACCACUGGACCGCAGCAGCUCCGUGGACUGCCUGGCAGAGGCCUCCACUCACUUCCCAGCCCGGAGCAGGAACCUCUCUGGAGAACCUAGGACCCGUCAAGGCUCCCCUAAGCCCUUAGGUAGUGGGGAGCCCCGAACACCUCAAUUCCUGCCCAAAGACAGAGGCCCCCCAAGCACCUAGCCUCUCCCGCCACUUUAUCUGGCUUCCAGUGUUCAGCAGCAGACAUUUCCAGCCAGCUUCCUGGAGUUACCUUGCUUCCAUGGGCGUCUUCUCUGUCCAUCUGUCCUCACGGCUUCUGCUCAGCCCCAUCUAUUGUAUUGUUCCUCACACGCAGUUACCCGUGCCUUUUUCUAGACCUCUUGUUGCUUGAAAAGAAAAGAAACAACACAAAUCACACACAUCCAUUAAAAAAUACAACAACAACAACAACAACAAAAGAAAAACAAAAAAGAAACACCCAUGAGGAGCUUGAGGCCGUGACUACUUUGUGCUUUGGGGACGAGACUGUAGGAGGGGCCUGUUCACCUCCAUUACCACACUCCACGCUGGCAGCUGUCCCCACCUCAAGGCCCAUGAGAAGUUACAUUGCACUGAGGGAGAGAAAGGGAGGGAGGAGAGUAUAAAUCCAAAGCAAGCACUCCUACAGACAUGCCUAAGACUCCCAAGUAUACACCCAGCUAGUAGCCACUCCUAUCAGCAGAAUGACCAGAACCCCAAGGCAGAACACCAAUACAGGCAGGAGCCAACCCCACCACUUCCCACCCUGCCCGGCCAAGAACAGUAUCUUAUUUUAUUUUCUGCAAGAAUCAGGACAAAAAGUCACCUUUUGCUAGCAUCUCAGUACAGAAUAGUAGCCUGAGGGGAACGUAGUGGACUGUGGGCCUCACCUCCCAUUUCCCGCUUCUACCUUCCCCCAAGACGAAUACAGGUGCCCAGGUUUCUCACACACACCUGUAGGUCCCUGCCUCCUGGGCCUGGCCAUAAGCUGGUUCCUUGAUGUUUAGAAAUACCUAGUCCAGGCCUGUUCUGAGCCUGAGGUUUGAAUUCUGUUUCACCUCUGUUCCCAAGGAACAAAGCGUGGCACUUCCUCCAUGACUGGGUUACAUAUGAAUACGUAGACACAUAUGUAGAAACCAAAGAUGGUGUUUGGCUCUUCCUCCGGCCUCUUCAGAGUCUCUUCUCUUGACUUAGAAGAGUUCUGAAUUAUCCUAAGUCAUUUGAAUUUUUCUUCAGUUCCCAAGGCAAAAAAAAAAAAAAAGUAAUAGGACCAAAAAUUUAAAUCCCAGGUUGAAAUAUAGAACUUGACCUGUUGGACAAACGAAAAAGGCAAAGUCCUCUGUGGCAUAGGAGCUAUGGUUACUGUUUCUAAACCCUGACAUAAAUUUUUGUUUACCUUCUCCAAAAGACAGAGAAAAGGGGCCGUGGUGAGGAGGCCUCCUCCUACAGCCUUGUCCCCAAGUCAUGAAGUAUGUUCCAUCCGUGCUGGAGACUGCUGUCACUGUCAGACAGGGAGUACGGCUGAAGGCUCAUGGGAGGGCUGAACUGCUGGGGCUGUUAGAGAAGACAGAGUCGACAAGGCUAUGAGCCACCCCUCUCCCUCCCUCCAGUUCGUUCCUGUGUGUGUGUGUGUGUGUGUCCCUUGCUGGAUGGGCAGAUCAGCUAGCCACAGGCCCAGUGCCAAGGCCAAUCACCUGGUUUGUCCUCAAUACUCAAAAGUAAGAGUCCAUAGAUCAGGGCCUCUCGUGCUGUAUGCUGUGCCACAGAGGGUCAUGGGUAUCAGACUGUCAGCCUCCAGAUGCUUGGCACUGUAAGCCUCCUGCACACCUGGGAGAAGCUAUCAAGCCAAGGCUGAGACACUUUGAGAGGAAGAGGUAGAAGCCUGAGUUCUGGUCAGCCCAAGCUGGAAGUCCCAGCCUUCCUUCCUUCUGCCCCUCGGCCCUAACGAAGGGCUGAGGUGAGGAGUUGGUCAAAGGGCAUCAUCUCCACCCCGGCUAGACGGCUUCCUAGGCAAGCUCUCCCGGCCACAGACUGCAGGCUAGCUCCCGACCUUGAGAUACCCACCUCUCUCCAAUUCACGCUGACCCAAAAUCUCCUGGGAGUUACUCCCCCACCCCCCACUCCCUUCUCUUUCCUUCCUCUUCCUUGGCAGUCUAGUGACUGACACGGUGUGUGGCCACACAAUGGAGAGUCCCCACAGUUACUGGGCCCAGCUGACUCAGGGAAAUGGGCUAUAACAAAGGCUAGGAACUGGAGGCUUGCCUGUGGGUGACGGGGAUAGAAUACACAGACUCUAGUCUGGGUGCCAGUACCCCACACAAAUGCCCAGAGGGCUGCAAUGAAUGCCACUCCCAGACACAGCUCUGAACUCUCUCAAACUCUCUCCACCACCCCGCAAGCACACGGCCCCAGCCUGCAUACACCUCCUCCCUCUUGAAAACCUCUCCAGGAAUACAAUCCAGGCUCCUUGCCCACAGCCGGCCACUUCUGACUUGCAACCUGCCUGUGACGCUAUUGUCAGUGAUGACAGUCUAGUUCAGACACCUGUGUGGGGUCCGCUGACACUCACCAGAACAAGAUGGCCAUUGAUACUUAACCUGUGACAGCUGGGGAGGUCUCGAGUCAAAUCCUGUCCUCUGUGGGUGGUAGUUCCAGGCCCCCUGUCCCUGAGGCCUGACUCCUAGAUGCCCGUUACAGGGCAGUCUCACAUCAGAGUACCAACCUCUUCCCACCCCCCAUAGUAGGUGACACUCUGCUCCCAGCCACCAAGACCCUCCAGAGGUUCUGACAGGGAUAGCUGCCUAUUUUCCAGACACACUGACUUGCUCCAUGGGGAAACCUCUGGAGAGCAUUGGCUCCCAGCUUCCUCUAGGCAUCGCUCACUCCCCCCUGGCCCAGACUAGGAAGAAGGAAUAUGUCUGAGCUGAAAUCUCCUUCUAGUUCUUGCUCCAGCUGACUCUUCCAGGUGAAGUCCUGGGAGACCCAUCUGCUCUGCCGUGCCACCUAAGAAAGUUCCCAAAGUGCCGCCAAAUUUGCUUCCGUGUUGUGGUCCCUGUCUGCUUGGCAUUUGAAAACCGCUUGGGCACUACUGAUCACUUUCCUGAAUGUGGUGGUCGGGAAGAAAGGGAACCUUGUAGGCAAAUGUAAGAUACUCACGUUCUGUAAGAUAAAUCUUUGCCUUUGUUUUCUGAAAAGGUGUAUGCAUUCCGUAUGCGAAAUCGUCCAUAGAGAGUUUCCACGUUCCUAAAUGGCAAUACAUUCCAAAACUCGAACUGUAGUUAUGUACAGCAACCGCACUUGGAGAGGGGUCGUUUUGCCUGUGGUUUAUUUAAACUCCAGUUUCUACACUUGUAUCUUGCAGUUGUCGGUAUGGUAUUCAUCAGUGCAAAAGAAAAACAAAAACAUAUACAAAAAAAAAAAACUCAAAAAAGAAAUCCAUACAGGUCUAAAGCACAGAGUCCAUUGUACAAAAGCAAAGAAUCGCUCAGUAUUGGUGUGUGUGACCCUUGUAAAUCCCAUCUGUACUGUGAAUGAGACGUUUUUACAAGUAUAAUAAUUGCCUUUAUUACAGCUUGGGCUGAAUGUUCAGCCUGAAGAUAUUUUUUAAAAAAAAUAGCACGUUGGAAUAAAUUUGAA